GCUCCGGAAGGCGGGCGGCGGCGCCGGGAUUUCUCUCGAGAUCCGGGCUGAGGUUGUUUUCAGUUGCCGGGCCGCACGCUCGACGCUGCUAUGGCUGCGAUAAAGGCGGUAAACUGCAAGGCCGAGGUGGCGCGGGCCCAGGCGGCCUUGGCUGUCAAUAUAUGUGCCGCCCGAGGGCUGCAGGAUGUGCUGCGUACCAACUUGGGGCCUAAGGGCACCAUGAAAAUGCUUGUUUCUGGUGCAGGUGACAUCAAACUCACCAAAGAUGGCAAUGUGCUGCUCCAUGAGAUGCAAAUUCAACACCCAACAGCUUCCCUGAUAGCAAAAGUAGCAACAGCCCAGGAUGACAUUACAGGAGAUGGUACUACUUCCAAUGUUCUAAUUAUUGGAGAGUUACUAAAACAAGCUGAUCUUUACAUUUCUGAGGGCCUGCACCCUAGCAUAAUAGCUGAAGGAUUUGAAGCUGCUAAGAUAAAAGCACUUGAAGUUUUGGAAGAAAUUAAAAUUAACAAAGAGAUGAAAAGAGAAAUCCUUUUAGAUGUGGCUAGAACAUCUCUGCAAACUAAAGUUCAUGCUGAAUUGGCUGAUGUGUUAAUAGAGGCUGUGGUGGAUUCUGUUUUGGCUGUUAGAAGACCGGGUUAUCCUAUUGAUCUCUUCAUGGUAGAAAUCAUGGAGAUGAAGCAUCAAUCAGAAACAGAUACAAAAUUGAUCAGAGGAUUAGUUUUGGACCAUGGUGCCCGUCAUCCAGACAUGAAGAAGCGAGUGGAAGAUGCAUUUAUCCUUACUUGCAAUGUGUCACUAGAAUAUGAAAAAACAGAGGUGAGCUCUGGUUUCUUUUAUAAGACUGCUGAAGAGAAAGAGAAAUUGGUAAAAGCUGAAAGAAAAUUUAUUGAAGAUAGAGUACAAAAAAUCAUAGACCUGAAAGAUAGAGUCUGUGCUCAGUCCAAUAAAGGAUUUGUUGUCAUUAAUCAAAAGGGAAUUGAUCCAUUUUCCUUAGAUGCUCUUGCAAAACAUGGCAUAGUAGCUCUUCGCAGAGCAAAAAGAAGAAAUAUGGAAAGACUCUCUCUUGCUUGUGGUGGAAUGGCUGUGAAUUGUCUUGAUGACCUUACUGUAGAUUGCUUGGGACAUGCUGGUCUUGUACAUGAGUGUGCUUUAGGUGAAGAAAAGUUCACUUUUAUUGAGGCCUGUGUUAACCCUCGUUCUGUCACCUUGUUGGUUAAAGGACCGAAUAAGCAUACUCUGACACAAAUCAAGGACGCUAUAAGGGAUGGACUUCGUGCCAUCAAAAAUGCCAUUGAAGAUGGUGUUGCUUUAGUAACAUCCCACAAAUUUUAUGUGUUUUCGCAGAAUGGGACCAGGGAAGUUUUUACAGCUACUGGCUGUGUUGUUCCGGGAGCAGGUGCAGUUGAAGUGGCAAUAGCGGAAGCCCUUGUUAAUUAUAAGCACCGUAUAAAAGGAAGAGCUCGUCUUGGAGUCCAAGCUUUUGCUGAUGCCUUGCUCAUUAUUCCUAAGGUUCUUGCUCAGAAUUCUGGUUUUGAACUGCAGGAAACACUGGUAAAAGUUCAGGCUGAACAUUCUGAAUCAAAACAACCUGUUGGUAUAGAUCUGGAUACCGGUGAGCCCAUGGUAGCGGCAGAUGCAGGAGUUUGGGAUAAUUAUUGUGUGAAAAAACAACUUCUUCAUUCUUGCACAGUGAUUGCCACCAACAUUCUCCUGGUUGAUGAAAUUAUGCGAGCUGGUUGGCAUAUUUGGGGUUCUGCCUCUACUUAUCUAUCUAUCUGUAUUUUAUAAUAUUUCCUUCCAGCCUGAAGCCUUCUCACCUUUGCAAAAUACACAGAAGAAUUUGAUACACAUUUUUAUUUUUUAGACUGAAAUUUGUCAUAUUU